CCAAUUUCCAAUUCAAACCUUUUUAGAAACAUUUAGCAUUUCUACAAUAAAUUUUGUGAAAAAUGGAUAUCAAAAAAGAACACAUAAACGUAUGCAUUCGUAUAAGGCCUGUAUUAGCUCAAGACAAUACAGCAUCUUCUUCGCUGCAGAUAAUCAGCAAAGAACCUCCUAUGCUCCUGGUAAAAGAACGAAACCAAAUUUUCAAUUUUGACCACGUAUUUCCUGACUGUUCGGAUCAGGAAAAGGUGUAUUUGGACGCAGUAGAACCUCUGGUCAACUGUAUCAAACUGGGAUACAAUGGUACCGUUUUUGCUUAUGGCCAAACUGGUACUGGAAAAACUUAUACCAUGGGAUCUGGAUCACAAAAAUCAGAAGAUAAUACCAAAGAAGGCAUCAUCCCCAGAGCCCUCAAACAACUAUUCACUGAUAACAACGACAAUGAAGAAAUCCAAGUUAGAGUGACUUUUUGUGAAAUUUACAACGAAAAAGUCUUCGAUUUGCUGACCCUGAACAAAACACCUUUACCAGUUUCAGGUUUCACAGCACCCAAUUUAAUUAAAAAAUGCGUCAUAAACGUAACAGAAGCCAACAAUUUACUGGAAUGGGGCAACAAAAACAGACAUGUUGGUCAAACUAAGCAAAACUCAAACAGCUCAAGAUCGCAUGCCAUAUUUACAGUGGAAUAUGAAAAUAGAAUUCAAAAUACAACAUCAAAAUUAAAUCUAGUAGAUCUGGCUGGUUCUGAGAGUGCCAAAAAAAAUGGUACCAAAGGCAGAACCUUCCAAGAAGGCAUAAACAUCAACAAAGGGCUACUUACUUUGGGCCAAGUAAUCAAAGCCCUAUCUAUAAAAUCAUCAUACAUUCCAUACAGGGAAUCAAUGAUUACAACAAUUUUACACGACUCUUUAAAAUCUGAAAAUUUCAUAUCACUUAUAUCAUGUGUAAGUGCUAAUCCAGAAGAUGUCCUAGACACAAUGCAAACGUUGGACUUUGCACAAAAAGCCAAGAGAAUUAAAAGCAAUCCAACUGUGAAUGCAAUUGUUGAUAAAUUUAAUAAAGAAAAUACCUUUGCAAAGACUCCAAUGAAAAGGGCAACACCUUUGAAGGCGAGUACUGCAAAAAAAAUGGUUAUGCCUUUGUCAGUUAUUGAUGAAAGUAAUGAUCAAUUUUCAAUUGCUUCAACUAGCAGUAGUAUUAUAACAAGGGAAGUUUUAAGUCCUUUUAUGAAGAAGUUUGUUGCAGAAAUAGAAAAUAGAAUGGUCAAUCAUUUAAAUACUGCAUUAAAAAAUGCUACUCCUCAUCCAGUUUUAUCUUCAAGCACUCCAAUUGAGGAUAAGCCUGUUGUAGCUCAGAGAUUGGUAUAUUCUCCAGAAAAUAAUGACGAUGAUGUAUUUAAAAUCCCACAAAUCAGAAAAGUUUCUCAAAUUAUUUCAAUGUCUCCUACCCCAAGGAGAAGAAGUGUACGUUUGUCAAUAAAAAGACAAAACAGUGAUGGCAAUGAGACUUUAAACAGCAGGUCACCAAUAAUUUCAAUGUCGCCUGCUCCAAGAAGAAGUUUAAGAUUGUCUUCUAUAAUAAAAACAUCUUUUAUUGCAGAAACGAAACCUGAGCCUAAAAUUAUUAGAAAAAGAAAGGCUCAAACAUCGUGCUGCCAUACACCAUCGCCUCCUAAAAUGCGCAAACAUGCUUCCAGAGUUUUGUUGGAGAGGGCUUUGAAAAAUGACAUUGAGCAAAAGCAAAAUAGUCCCUUUACAAAUCAUUCAAAAGGUGUCUUACACGUUUUGAACUUUGGUAAUAAGCACGAAAUAGAAAAGCUUCAUUUUGUUGGUUCGAAAACUGCCGAGCAAGUUUUAUUAUACAGGAAGCUCAAAGGUCGAUUUGCUUGCAUUGAAGAUUUGAGGACUAUAUUAGGACCAAAGAGAUACCAAACAUUUGUUCAGAAAAAUUUCCUUAAAAAAGAUUGAGAUUUGAAAAAUUUUAUAAUAAUUAUUGAUACAUAGUACAAAUUUAAAAAUGUGAUAGUUUCAAGUUUCAAUUUAAAAGAUUAAUUGGUUAAACUUCUCUUCACACUCCAUAUAAGGUUUCACAUACUUACAAAUUUUUCUUCUUAUAUCAAAGUAUACACAAAAUAGCUCCUUAGGAAAAAAUUGUUAUCAAAAUCAAAUCAAAAUAUGCUUUAUUGUUUAAAGAUACAAAUCUUGAUAACAAAGCUUCCAAAUAUAAUAUAAUUAAAAUUGAAAUCAUCAACAAAGUAGGUAUGUAAAAAUAAAGAUAAUAAACAGGAAUAAAAACAACUGGAUAAAAUAGAUCGAAAGACUGCUCAACAUUAAAAUUAAAAACAAACUUAAAAUUAU